AUGGUUCGGACGUUAAGUUUUCAUUGUAGGGUGCUUGCCGCUGUCCUCCUGGCUGCCGUCAUUGUCGCGGAUGCCAGUGCAAGCGACCAUAGAUAUGGCCAAGGGGACAGCGUGCCUUUGUACGUGAACAAAGUCGGUCCCUUCAGCAACCCUAGUGAAACGUACAAGUUCUUCGAUCUGCCGUUUUGCCAGCCAGGAAAGCUUGAAGAGAAGCAUCAAUCCCUCGGCGAAGUGCUGAACGGCGAUCACAUGGUGCAGGCCCCUUACGACCUAAAAUUCCGCGUAGAUCACGAGCGAACGACGCUCUGCAAGCGCACGCUCGGCGUUAAGGACGUCCAGAAGUUCCGCAACGCGGUCCUGAACGACUACUAUUUCCAAAUGUACUUGGACGAAAUCCCGAUCUGGGGUUUCAUCGGGAAGGUUGACAGUGGCACGUACAAGGUUGAGAGUGACACGUACAAGGUUGAGAGUGACACGUACAAGGUUGAGAGUGACACGUAUGACACGAACCAGCACAUCUCUAUUUUCACGCACAUAGAUUUCGACGUAGCGUAUAAUAGCGACCGCGUGGUGGAAAUCAGCGUGGCGACCGAUCCGUAUAGCACGGUGGAGAUGGACAGUAGCGAGGAUACGGAGAUGGAGGUGGAAUUCACGUUUUCCGUCUCGUGGACGCGGACGGAUAAGGCGUUUGAGACGCGCAUGGACAAGUACGCGCGGUACGCGUUCCUUCCGCAGCAUGUGGAGGUCCACUGGUUCUCGAUCCUCAACUCGUGCUUCACGGUGCUGCUGCUCGGCGUCUUUAUCGCGACCAGACUCACGCACGUCCUCAAGAGCAACUUAAUCAGGUACUCGCAUGAUGCGGAUCCGUUAGAAGAGACGGAGGAGGCUGGGUGGAAGUCCAUCCAUGGCGACGUUUUCCGCUUCCCCAAGAACAAGGAGCUUUUUUGCGCCGUUCUUGGCAGCGGCACUCAAUUGCUCUUCCUGGUCCUUCUCAUGUUUAUUCUCACUCUAGUGGGGGUGUUAUACCCCUACAAUCACGGUGCUUCGUGGACGGCGCUGGUGGUGAUUUAUGCGAUGACCUCUGCAAUCGCUGGGUACACGUCUGCGUCUCUCUACAAGCAGAUGGAGGGGACCAAUUGGGCGCACAACAUUGUGCUGACGGGGUGCAUGUUCGGCGGGCCGGUGGUCAUCUCCUUGUGCUGCCUCAACAUCAUCGCUGCUGUCAACGACUCCACCAACGCCAAGCCCCUCACCACCAUCCUCACCCUCACCCUCAUCUGGACCCUCAUCGCCUUACCCCUCCUCGUGGCCUGCGCCAUUGCCGGCAAGAAAAGCACUGCUGCAGAGUUCCAAGCACCCUGUCGGGAUUCCCAGACUUCAAAUUACCCGAGGGCGAUUCCGGUGCUGCCGUGGUACCGCCAUACAGCCCCUCAGAUGGCCCUGGCUGGGUUUCUGCCGUUCAGCGCGAUUUUUUUCGAGCUGCAUUACAUCUGUGCGGACUGGUGGGGGUAUAAGGUCUACACGGUCUACAGCAUCCUCUUUAUAGUGUUCAUCAAUUUCAUCCUUGUGACGGCGCUUAUGGCGAUUGUGCUCACGUACUAUCAGCUUGCAUCAGGGGACCACGAGUGGUGGUGGAGGUCGGUGCUGUGCAGUGGCUCCCCCGCGCUCUUCAUAUUCGGCUACUGUUGCUACUACUACCACGCGCUAUCCCACAUGACCGGCUUCAUGCAGGCGUCUUUCUACUUUUGCUUGAUGGUGUGCGUCUGCUACGGCCUCUUCCUCAUACUCGCCACUGUGGGGUUCUGUGCCUCGCUGGCCCUUGUGCGCCGCCUCUACCGCUCCAUUGGGCGCGAGCACGGAAGGUGCAACUCUCCCUUUACUCCCCAGUGGAGCCAACAGGUCUGGUCCGGGCCUCUUUCUAAGUGUCGGGAAGUAGUGGCAUUGGUGAAUCAUGAAAUUCUCAUAUGCUGUCUCUCGAGAGCUGAGUGCUCGUGUUGCGAGCCAUGA